AGCAUUACUCCCCCUGGAGCUGCAAGCUUUUGUUUGUGGAAGAGCUUUGGGAAUUUAUUCAGUUUGAGCAGGAAAUGAGGAGGCGGCUCCACCGAAACGAGCAGUGAACAUGGUGUCAACCGAAGGGGAAUCUGGAUGUUUAGUAGAGGUAAUCCUGUCACAUCCAACCUUAAGCCUAAUUUUCCUUCUGAUCGCCGUGGCUGCAAUCCGCCGAUACAUUCGAGAUUCCUACAAGGUCGAUGGCUUCAGGGACAAGCAUGUGUUCAUCACCGGCUGUGACAGCGGCUUUGGGAAUCUCCUGGCCAAACAGCUGGAUGGAAAAGGCUUCCAAGUCAUUGCCGCAUGCCUCACGGAGAAAGGUGCAGCAGACCUGACGGCGGCAACUUCCCCCAGACUGAAGACCCUCCUGCUGAACGUCACAGACAGCGAAAGCAUCAGGAAGGCAGUGGAGUUUGUCAGCACAGAGGUCAGGGGGAGAGGUCUUUGGGGGCUGGUGAACAACGCUGGGAGGUCGAUACCCAUCGGCCCAACAGACUGGAUGGAGAUGGAGGACUUCACCAAGGUUUUGGAUGUCAACCUGAUAGGACUCAUUGAUGUGACCCUGCAGUUCAUUCCACUUCUGAAGAAGGCCAGAGGCAGAGUGGUAAACGUGGCCAGUAUACUCGGAAGAUUGAACCUUGUUGGGGGAGGAUACUGUCCAUCCAAAUGGGGAGUAGAGGCCUUUUCUGACAGCCUCAGGAAAGACAUGAGUCAUUUUGGUGUCAAAGUGAGCAUCAUCGAGCCGGGUUUCUUCAAGACAGCUGUGACCAGCGUUGAUCUAAUCAAUGCUGACAUGAGGAGACUGUGGACCCGCCUACCUCAACAUGUUAAAAACGCAUAUGGAAACACAUAUUUGAAAGACUAUACGAAAGUGCAGGACUUCUCCAUGAGGAUGUUGUGCAGCGCAGACCUCUCAAAGGUGACCAGGUGCAUGGAGCACGCCUUGACCGCGCGGUUCCCACGCACACGUUACGGAGCGGGAUGGGAUGCUAAGCUUUUCUGGAUCCCACUGUCAUACCUGCCUUCAUUUGUGGCAGACUUUGUGGUGAAAACGCUCCUGCCAUGCCCAGAAGAAGCAAAAAACAACAGAAAAGCUUCUUAGUUUAUCAGUCGAAGUUGCUCGUGUUUCAUGAAACAAAUUGGGUGCAAUUCCAAGGACAGAAAAAGUGUCAAAACUGCAUUAUAAAAUAGGAAAUUUAUUCGUUUGUGUCUCAGCAGCAGAAAAUUUCUCUCGUUAUCCCACAUUUUUAUCUUCAUGAUACAAAAAAAAAA